AUGUGUUUGAGAAACUUGGAAAUGUUAUUAAUGCCGAUCUCCUCGACUUCCUCUGUAGCGUAUGGGCCGAACGAUAGAGGCCUUGAAGAAUUGUCUCGAAAUACUUGGAGAUUACGAGAGAUGAAUGCGGAGGUUUUGAAGUGGGUCUCGAUCUGGGUCAUCCACAAGUUCCUGCGGGAGAAGUUCUUGGGUUGGCUCGAGGCACUCAGUCUGAUGAGGCAGAUGCAUGUGGCGAUUCUGGCGAUGAAUCGCCUCCAGAAGAUGACAGAGUUUAUCCCUCCGUGGAUCAAGGUCGUGAGCCCACCGAGGCAGGUUUGGAACCCAGAGCUGUUGGUCUUGGGAGGCUCCGAAAAAAGCCAUCUAAGCUUCGCAUUUUCCCCAGAUAGCACGGUGCUUGCGUCAGGGGGCUACACUGGACCCGUGAAGCUAUGGGAUGUUGCUACAGGCGUCGAACUGCAGAGACUCGAGUUUUACGAAUCCAUUCGUUGCAUCGCGUUCUCGAAAGACGGCAAACAGCUUGCGCUUGGAGGGGUGCUUGGAUUCCUUUGUGUUUGGGAACCCGGUUCGAAUCGCACGGUAAAAUUCGAAGGAGCUCAUUUCUUUCAUGACCUGGAUGUAAUCGCGAUUACUCCCAAAGGCGAUAUGAUUGCAGCAACGGUUAAUGCUCGUCGUCUUGGGCUGUGGUCAACUACAGACAGCUCUCAGAAACGCACGCGCGACCUCAAGGGCGAACCUCACGCAAUACAGUUCGCGCCAAAUGGGCGAAUAUUGGCCAUCGUGGUCAAUAUAUACCACAGACAACAUUGCAUCCAAUUAUGGGACGUUGCUACGGAUGAGUUGAAAGACCUGCAUGUCGGUACGGACAAGGUCUGGGACGUCGUAUUUUUGGAUGAUGGAAAGACCUUGGCUUCAGCAAUCAGUGGGACUGUUGUGCAGUGGGAUACUGAAACCUGGCAAGAGUCCUUCCGAUUCUCUCUGGCUCGUCAAGAGGAGUGGGAUGAUAUCAAGUCAGUUGUUUUCUCGCCAAAUAAUGCUCGAUACAUUGCUACUCAGCUGAAAGAAGGGCCCCGUUCGAUUACACCUGACGGCGACAGGGAAGGAGAUGGCCGAUACAUGGCAUCAAUCCCAGCCCAAUUCCCCAUGCCAGCGUGGGGGACUCUAAUUCAUCUGUGGGCUGUGACACUCGGCACUGCUUCCGGGGACGUUAGCGACCAGGAAGUGCGACUGGAAAGCCAUUUCGCCUCGGUCUAUGGCCUUCAGUUUGUUCCUGGAGCUGACAAUUUACUUCUUGUUCAAGGAGGAAGCAAGAGGGAGCUCUGGAAAUGGAACGUGGGUGGUGACCUGUCCAAACAAGUUUUGCCACCCAUGGUCGGUUCAUCCCAGACCUCGAUUUUCGAGACAGGCACAUGGCAUAGUGUGUCUCUUUUGCAAGGGGACGUUUCCGGGCUCGUCUUCUCGCCCCUCAAGGACCGAGUGGCCUGGCAAUCAAAAAAUAGUGAAACCAUUCACGUGUGGGACAUUUCCAAAGGGACCCAUCUUUUCGAGGGGAUAAAAGUCCAAGACCUGAUACGCGAAAUUCUCUUUUCUCCGAAUGGCGAAUUUUUAUCAUACAUUUCGCGCUUGAAUGUGGAUCGUUGUCAGGUGAACUUUGCUGAAAAUAGUGAGUCGAUUGCGGCCUUUGGAUACGGAGGUUCCCAUCGCCCAUGGGAAUAUGUCGUCCGCAGCACUUCCGAUGGGGAAUUGAUUGGGUCUCUGAAGAUACAUGAGAUCCACGCGAUGAUUGGAUUCAAUGCGGCCAUCUCACGCACUCAAACUUUGGGAGUCUACGCUUCAUUCGGGUCUAGAGAUGAGAUGCAGUUCUGGAGGCCAAAAGGGGAAAAACUGGCGGCACUGGAUUGCCGGCUGUCGGGCGAGAAACUUCGAUUUUCUGACGAUGGCUCUCGCAUUGAAUCUCAAGUCGGAAAUCUACUUGUUCCUCGGUUGUCGCUCCAAGACAAAGGCGCGUCACUACCAACACGACAAGGAGUACCUCACGAGUGCGUCCUUGCCCAUGAAAGGUGGAUCACUUGGGGUUGUGACACUUUUCUUUGGCUCCCCCCGGGCUAUCAGACCAAUAGGUUGACGAUCAAGGGGGGAAGGGUUGCUUUUACGACAGAAAAGCGUGGUGUUGUUUUGAUGGAGCUUGAUCUAAACAGGUUAUCGAUCGGAGAGCGAUGGACGAAGUUAAGAUUUGAAGAAUGA